GAAAUAACCGCCAACUUCAAAAUAUUCUGGAAACGGAAAAGUGUUUGAAACAAUCCGGGUUUCUUUUUUGUUCGACUAUUUCUCCUUUUCCCUCGUAAUUCUUUUGUUUAGUUAUUUCAACAUAUGUGAGAUUGGUGUGAAAUGAUGGUAAACUAGUUGGUGACACAUGUAAAAGUUCGUUGCUUAAUUUCGCGUGGGUACAAGAAAUAACGGGGUUUGUUGAUCAAAACAUUUCAUGCUACGAAUAAUCGAAGCGAUCUCAAGAAGACAUGAACAACGAGAGGGUGACAGCCCUUUUGGAAUGGAUAAAUUCGGUCUCUGGAGUGAAUGUCUUGUUCAUCAGGGAUUUCAGUACAGUAGAGAAUGUUAAAUUACUAGUCAAGACUAUUCAUCUGAUCGACAAGGACAGCGAUGAAGUUCUCCCCGGGUAUGAUGAUGCCACUGUUGAGGGUCUUGUAGGCUUUAUUAUAUCAUCCCUUGAAGGGAUUUAUAGGCAGAAGCUGGAUGGCAUAGUAAUUAAUCCAAACCUUAUAACUGUUGAUGCCGAUGAGGUUGAAAUUGGAAAGGUCAUUGCAUUGAUGCUCAGUGCAGCAGUUCAGUGUGAGAAUGCCAACUACUUUGUCAAAAAGAUACAGUCAUUUGAGGAGUCUGUUCAGUAUCAAAUCAAAGAAAUCAUAGAAACCCUGCUACAACAAGUUGAACAUGGUGGCCUGGAUGCUUCUGCUAUCACAAAACUGCUGAAGCACACCACGGGUAAGAACAAAGAGAAACAGGAACUCCCAGCGGGCACUGAUUGUGUGGAAUCUCCUCUUCCUGGGAAGUCACCAACAGAGACACUGUUCAGCAGUUCACCGUUCCUCUCCCUCAUGUCCUCGCCACAGCUCAAAACCAAACAACACCAGUUCACAAUGAACAAACUGCACCAGAAGGUGAGCAAGUUGCAGCUAUCUCUAGACGCUCAGAUGCAUAUGCAAGCAACUCUUGAAGAAGAGCUUGCAGAUAAAUGCAAAGAAAUUGAUGUGAAAGAUACCAAAAUGAAAGAGCUGAAUAAGGACGUUGUGCACUUGAAGAUGGUAAUAGACGAACUGGAGUCUACUCAGCAUUACAAGGCUGACUAUGAGAAAUUAGAACGAGAAAGUGAAAGAAUGAAGCAGCGUGUGGCUGAGCUGGAAGCUUUUAGAGAACAAAGCUGUAAUCUAGAUGAGAGGAUGGCAGACUUUUUGGAGAAGAAGGCCAUGUUUAAAAAAUCUGUCGAGGACAUGGAGCAGCUAAAAACUAAAUGUGAGCGCUAUAAAAGCCAACUACACGAACACGAAUUCAAGGCGAGUGAGCUAAAGGCAGCGCUUGAACGAAGAGUCAAAGACGUUGAAAGACUGGAGAAAGAGAGAGACGAGGCACUUUUCGCAGCCUCUGAGGCAAUGGAACUGUGGAAAGCAAGAAAGAGUGUAGAAAUUCCAGACGAGGAGGAACGUUUAGAUGGUGAUGGCAGUCCUGUCGACACACAGCACACUAACCUGGACUCACGAAUCAUUGAGCUCGAGUUUACGAACGAAAAGCUGCGAGCUCAACUUGCGUCUGCGAUAGAUCCUAGCGAGGUCCAGCGGUUGAAUGAUGCCCUGGAGGAUGCUGAGCAGUCGAAACGAUCCUAUGAGGCGAGCUAUGUUGAGGCCAAAUGUAAAAUCCUAGAGCUGGAAGAUAGUGUCUGCAAGACGGAGACGCAGUUUAAAGUCAGAGAAAAGGAACUAAAUUCUCGAUUGGAGGAAUUGACCAAAAACGUGGAGCUGAGCCAAGAGAAGCUCACGCACAACCGCAAAGAACUAUCGCGACUGCAAUCCGAGCUAUCCCUGGCACGCGGUGAGGUCGAGGCACAUGCCAUCGCCUCGGAAAAACAGCGAGCCACAGCGAGUAAAGCGCUUGAUGAGCUACUGGAUGAGCGCAAGGCCGCGGAGCAAGCAGCGUGUACGAGGUACAACGAGCUGCGCCGGGAGAUGGAGAGCAAGGAGAGGCGUGCGGAAGAAAAGGUGGAGGAGAUUCGCCGGGACUGCGAUCACAAAAUAAGACACGUGACCGAGGAACUUCAUGGUAUCCUGGAGACUCAAAGGCAAGAGAUGCGACAGAAGAGGGAUGAAUUCUCCACACGUGAGGACGAGCUCAAAGCUGCUGUGGAGCGAGUUACCGAGGAACGAGACGCUGUCAAAAAUGCGUACGAGGAAAUGGUUGGCGACCUCAAGACUGAACUCGAGAAUGAAGUGAAAUCGCGAGUAUUGCUUGAAGAGUCCCUUCAACAAGCUUCCACAUCAUGGGAAAGUGCUGAGGCAGCAUUGACCGAAGCCAAAGCUAUUCUAGAGAAAGAACUAGUUUCAUUGAAAGAGAGCCAAGCUCUUUUAAACGAGGACAACGCUAGCCUGAACAAAGAGCUCGUUGCGAUGUGCGAAAAGGAAAAGUAUAUUAUCAGUGUGAACAAGGAGCUCGAGGCGCAGAUAUCAAACCUGAAGAUGCGCGAAGAAGAGGAAAAAAGAGAGGCAAGCCGGCAAAUUGCUGAUCUUGAGGAGAAAUUAGCAGGGAUGGUGCAGGAGAUAGGAAGACUUGAAAGCAACAUCAAAGGCUGGGAGGAAGAGGCGAACGUUUGGGUUGAAGAGAAGGCCCAGAUUGGCAAAGAAGUAGCAUGUCUAAAAGAUGCAUUUUCCACGGAGAUGCAAACAGAAAAACAGUCCCUUGAGGCAAAACAUUCGAGAGACAUAGAAGGCAUGACCAAAAUCAACGAGGAACUAAAAGCCAAGCUGUGCAGCCAAAAACAAAGCCUGGAUGAGGUCACACAAAACUAUGGCCGCCUUCAGCGAGAGAUGUGUGCGACGGAAGACAAGCUGCUUCAAAUCACCAGAGAGCGCAACAAGAUUGAAGAGCAGCUUCUUGCGGAGCAACAGGGGGGCGAAGAGCGCGCCGCGCGGCAGGCAGAAGAGAUGGACCACAUCAAAGCAGACCAUGCAAAGGCCAUGCAGGAAGCGACGGAUUUACUCAAUAGGGAGAGAGACGCGUUCAAAGCACAGAGUUUGGAACUGGAGAGAGCUUGUCAAGGACUUAAGGUUGCAGGGGAUGAGAUCGAAGGUUUUAAAAGAUCUCAAAAUGAGACGCAAGAACUCCUGAUUCAUGAAAAACACAGAGCCAAGCAGAUGGAAGAGGAACUCGAACAACUUAGGCAAGAUUUCAGUACCAAGCAGAAAAACCUCUACGAAGAUACGACAAAGAAGCAGACUCAAGUACGGCAAGAAUACGAAAUGGAAAGAGCCGCUUGGAAAAAGAAGCUCGAAACGGCAAACGAAGAGCUUGUCAAAUUGAGAGGUGAAAUGUUUGAGAACUCUCAAAAGCACUCUGCAGAACUGAUCUGUCUUCGUCGCCAAACGCAGGAGAAAGAGGAUGAGAUGGAAGGAGAGAAAAAGAAUAUGCAAGAGCAUACUCGACAGACCCAGGAAAAAUUGCAAACUUCCGAAACAAUUAUAAAAGGCCUUAGAGCCGAUAUCAAGCAGUUAGAGAUUGUGAAGAAGACGCUUGAAGUGGAGAAGGGGCAGCUGAAGUCAAUCUGCGAGGACUUUGCCAAGAAGGAGAAGGACAGGUUAUUGGAAGUCGAAAAAAUGACGAAAGAUCACGAAGAAAAGAUUGCGAAAAUAAAAAAUGAGAAUCAGAGGGCUUUAGCCUUGAAGGAUGAAGACGCACAGAAGUUGAUGAAGGAGACGGAGGAACUAAAGGCAAAAAUGGAAGAUGAACAUCAGAAGGCUUUAGGUUUGAAGGACGAAGACAUACAGAAGUUGAUGAAGGAAACGGAUGAACUAAAGGCAAAAAUGGAAGAUGAGCAUCAGAAGGCUUUAGGUUUGAAGGAUGAAGACGCACAGAGGUUGAUAAAGGAGACGGAGGAACUUAAGGCAAAGAUGGCCGAAAUCGAGGAGGCAAGAAAAGGAGAAGUAGCAAUGGCUGAGGAGGAAAGACGACAAAAAGCGGAAGAACAGAAAAAAUCGAUGGACGCAGAGAUACAUGAGUUGAAGCGCAAGCUGGAACAAAGUGAGGAAUCACUUAAAGAGUCAGACGCCAAGUUCACUAAAACGAACGACGAACUUGACAAAGUUAAAAAGGCAUUGGAAACAACGCAAGAAAGUUGGAAGGAGAAAGAAACUGAAAUGGCUGCAAAGCUUGCGCAGUCUGAGCAGCUUUGUGAGGACAUGAAAGACGACCAGGAAUUGCUUGAGAGACUGCAGGACGAGAUCGCGAAAAUGGAAGAGCAAGUAAACGUACUAAACGAAGAGAAGGGUCUCCUGGAAGAGCAACUAGAGGAAGAACAAGACACGAACAAGAGACUAGGCAUGCAGGUGAACUCGCUUGAAGCACAGGUCAAGCACGCCGACAUGACGAUAAGAGAACAGAAAGCCAAAAUGCAAAGCUUUGAAAAUCAGUCAGAGAAGGUCAAGAAAACUAGAAAAAUGUUGAUUGAAGUCGAGAAAGUACUUCCAGUGCAGGAAGCUCAAGAACUUCUCGACGAAAGUACGACUGAAUCAGAUGACUCCGAAAUGCGCGUUGAUGACCUAAAGCUUACUCGACAAGGCAGUUCCGUCUCGUUCGCUUCCGUAAACGGCACAGACUUCGGAAAAUCCCUUAGCUCUACCAGCAGUAUAUCGCGGACGAGUCUGCGCAGUACAGUACGUCCGUCUGCGAGUCGUCGCCAGAGUGCCAUGUAUGUUAAAGGCAGCACGCCACCGACGAGACGGACGACCUCGAGCGCCGCAUUCUUCAUCGUCGGGGACGAGUUUGCUAAUAACAUGGAGCAAGAGUCGGAAUACGAGUUCGACUGGGAUCGUCUGGCAGAGCUUGAACGAAGAAACACUAUCUGUCCACCUCAUCUCAAGACUUCGUACCCCGUGGAGACCCAGACUCGGCCCUCAGAAGGGAACGGGCUUCAUGCCGCACGAUCGGAAACUGCACUGACUCGCAAACGUAAGCCGGAAGAUACCCUGACUUCGAGUGUUAAGGAGCGCAAAGACAUGACAACCUCCAAAUCAGAAGGACAAAUCAAGCGAAGUCGAUCUAAGCGUAUCACCGAUAUGGUAUCCUCAAAGAUAAACUCCCUGAGACCGUCCAAGUCUAACGAAAAUAUCAAAGAAAAGCAGAAAAGCGGGAACAGCUUGGCUUUUGAAAUCACUCCCCCGAAAAAGCGAAAAGCGGAACCGAAGGCUGCAAGUGAUACAACACCCCGCCGAGAGUCUACAAAGAAGGAGACUGUCGCGUUUACCAUUGAGAAUUCCCCACCAAAGAAAUGCAAAGUGCAGCGAACACGUACAAUCAACAGAUCCACAGCUACAACACAGCUUGUCCGGGACAAGGACAGAGAGACAUUUAAACGUGAGAAGAAGCUCGAGACAAAAAACCGCAUUCCCUUGCGGUCAUCAAACAGGAAAAUCGCAAAGUAGGUCGAUUGGGGCGAGAAUUAAUGCGGUUUUAAUUAUUCUGCGUACUCGCGUCAUUAAUUUUCAACUGCUCAACCGCUUUCUGGUUUCUCAAAAUAACGAACUUACAUUUGGUGAUUUUUGAUUGGUUAACGCCUUUCGGAGAGAUGGCGGAGUGCUGGCCAAUAAAAACGCUUCAAACAUUUUGAAUGACGGAAGCCAGAAUACGAUUUAGGUGUUGGAAAUCGUCGGGGCAAAAUAUCGAAAAGAGCUUUACUGACACUGUCAGUCGUUACAUAUAGGACUUAAGAGUCGCACAAUAACUUUAGAAGUCACUUUGUCACUUUGGAAAGUCUUGCCAACGAUUCCCAACUUCUUAACACAUGCAAUAGAAUUAAUGAAAGACCACGGUGUAGCUUAUGGAUUGGAAACGGCCAUGUUUUUUACCCUUAAGGAGGGGGGGGGGGGUAAGGGGAUGCGAAAAACGAACAGAAAAACGCCAAAACCCACAAAACCGUCAAAAUAAGUCAAUAAGUCGUAAAUCGCGCAGUCCAGAUAAACCGUAAUACCGUGGAAUAAAAUACAAAAAAAACCGCGCCAGAUUCACAAGGCAAAACCGCAUCACCGCAAACCCUUACGGCCCCCUUAAGAAUACUCAAAACACACACAGGUAGGAAAGUUUGUCUCGCAAAAUUAAAUUUCUAAAAAGGCUAUAUUAGAUAAGAUGUAAAAAGCAGGGCGAUAUGGCGGUUACGCUAUCGGUGUACACCAUAAAAUGCUUGAUAAUUAUAAUGUGUUGCGUAAUGUAUAGUUUAGACUCCUUAGGACAGGAGCUAUAGUAACCUUCAACAUCAUUUUGUGCUUUUUGCACAUACCUCAUACAAGUCGAAUGACUUUACGACCAAACAUCUUCAUUCAUGGGCCAAGGGCUGUCUUCGGUAUUUGGAACACGUGUGCAUACCCUGCUAGCAGAGCCUUCUCCUGUAUCUCUCGCUUAGCAGUUUACUUGACGAUUCGCGUCUCUGGGUUUUCGCGUUGUCGCGACAGACGAAACCGCGAACACUAGCAACAACACAUAAAUAGAGAGAAAACAAGAAAAAGGGCCUCUGCUAGCAGGGUAACGUGUGUACAGAAACCAUAGUAAAGAAAAGUCAAUUGUAGACGAAAGAGACAAUUGCGCAAAUGAAUAUACAGCAUUUUUUCAAAGAACGUUGUAAGUCCGAGUUGCAGUUUUAGAGACCAGACGCGGCUUUUAUGCUAGGUAUUAAUUUUAAGAAUAAAAAUACUAAAUAUGGCAUUUUUCUCGUUAUUUGAGCUAUGUUUAUAAAUGCGCAAAUCCAUUGUAUGCAUCAUCUCUCGAGUCGUCAUGGUUCGUCACGACAUGAGUGAUGUUUGUGGCUCGAAUGGUGCUGUGUACUGUACAAAUGAUAAACUUGAUUUUUUGUUUUCGUUAA